GCCUUGCUGCUCGCCACCGCCUCCCUUCCCCUUAGACAGGCGGGGAAGGCGGCGUGGGGUAGCGGUUGCCGGCCGGGACGAGGGAAUGUUUUGUUUGUUCUUAAAGACUGGAUAUGCUAGGUCAAUGAACUGUCAUUCCAUAAGGCAGAACUGAGAGGACAAGCUGAGGAGACCUUACUACAAUGGCAAGAAGGAAUACAAUAUUUUCCCAAAAGUCUGUCAUCUAGAAAAUCACACAUAUACUCUACUGCAAGAAAACAACAUUUGGGACUCUUUAAACCACUGACUGUAACCUUUUCUAGAUUCACAGUGCCUGCUGAAAGAGGCUUUUUUUUCCCUACAUCUUUUAAGAAGACUACAAGACAGGAUUUAAGAUUUUCCUGAACACUUUACCUGCCCUUACACUUGGAACAAGAUGAUUGACCUAAGCUUCCUAACAGAGGAGGAACAAGAGGCAAUAAUGAAGGUGCUGCAACGGGAUGCAGAGCUGAAAAGAGCUGAAGAGGAGAGAGUCAGGCAUUUACCAGAAAAAGUCAAAGAUGAUGUUCAGCUAAAGAAUAUGAGUGGACAGUGGUUUUAUGAAGCCAAGUCAAAGAGGCACAGAGAUAAAAUCCAUGGAGCAGAUAUUAUUAGAGCUUCCAUGCGACGGAAGCCUUCCGCUCUUGCUGAACUGAGUCAGAAUAAAUCAAACAAAUUAAAGAACAGCUGGGUGAGCAAUGUUAAUAAAGAAGUCUUUGUGCCACCAGAACUACAUGGCAUUGGUGAACACCAGGAGGAAGAGCAACAGAAAUCUAGUUCAAGUUCUAAAGUAGUAACCUCGAUGUUAGACAAACCAGAGGAAAGACUUGUGAAGGCAGCAAUCUCACCAGUAAAGCAAAGGAGAAAUCCUUUUAAUUCCACGAUGUCAGGUGAUAAUUUCAGCAGUGGGGAAUCAGGGAACAGACCAGCCAGUCUACCUCUGCUAUCAAAGAAGGAAAUUCUGUCACUCUCAGAAGAGAGCCAACCUAAACCAAACUUACAAAAGGAAGAAACAGAAAAUCGUAAGGAGCUUUCUGUAGAACCUAGUGAUGAACUGCAGAAAGGACUGCUUACACGUCCUGUCCCAAAGGCUAGAAAACUACUUCCCAAAGCAACAGAUCCUGUGUCACAAAAAGAAGAUCUUCCAAAGCCAGCCAAGCAAACUGAAAGGAUUAAUGGCCCUGGCACACCACCCAGGGGCAUUCUGAAGCGCAGUUCAAGUUCAAGUUCCACUGACUCAGAAGUUCGUGCUAGUCAGAUGCUAGAUGGUCAGAAAAAGAAUGGUCUUCCUACUGCAACUAUUUUUGAGGGAGAAGCUGAGAAGAACUCUAUUACAGAAGAAGCAGAAGACUCCACACAGAUUUCACUGGAAAAACUAAAACAAGUGAGAUUCUCAUCUGGCACAGGUAAAAGAGAAUCUUGGCAAAGCCCACAGAUGCAGCAUGGUAAAGAAACAGGAGAGUUUGAUUUGUUAGAGUCUGGUGAGAUAAAGAAUAGCAGAAAUAAUGCUGUGGGAUCAGAUUCAUUUGGGAAUAAGCAUAUUUCUGCUGUAAAGCCUUUGGGAACCUAUUCAUCAACUGUUCAAAUAAAAACAAAAGAUGGUUUGCAAGAAGACACAUUGGCAUCCAGCUUUUGUGACACUAGCAGGUGUCACAACUUUCUGGUUAAUGAAACCUUGCAGACAACAACAGUUACUCCUAAGAAACAUGAAGCUCCACAGAAGACCUCCAGCAAUAUCCUGCCAAGUAGCAAGAAUGAACUGAGUGUUGAUGAGACAUGUGAAAAUAAAUCCAAUAAGAUUAUUUAUGUUGUAGAUGAACAUCAGCUUUCUGCUAAGACAGAAGAAUGUGAAGUGUCAAAUACCAGUUCUACAAGUCUUCAACAAGGUAAGCCUGAUCUUGUUGAGGAGCAAGAUGCUAAAACCACUUUCAAGCCUGGCAAACAGUCUGAUGAACUCAUGAAAGUGGCCAAUGAAUCUGUCUCAAAAGUUUUAGACUGGUUUAAAAGAAGUUCUGGUAUUGAAGAUAGGAAACAUGUAUCAACUAGUUCCCAAGGCAGGGAACCCAAAGAGGAAGUGGACUUCUCAACAGGAGUAGCAGUUCUUCCUACAGAACACAGUGGGUCUAGCAUGGAUGGAAAAACAGAAGCCACAGAAGAAUUACUGUUUGGCAAGGUUACACAAUGGGACAGUAUUUUACCUACCUCAUUGAUUUUGGAAGAUAUACCACUGACAAAAGAGAGGAUGAAACCUAAGAAAGUAGAAGAGAAUGAGGACCAAAAUGACAAAUCACUAACUGAAUUUGACUGUGCAAGAGUUGAAGAAAAAGAACAUGGUCAAGAAAUCAAGCAACAAAAUAAAAAAUCAAAUAUCCUGCAACAUCAAGAACACAAGUUACCAGCUCAGAAAUAUGAAUCAGAGAAGGCAAUACGAGAAAAAAGGAGAAUGAGGGAGAUCAGAGCAUUCUGGGAAAGGGAUAAAACUGUCCCCAGUCAUGGAGAGCAAGAAGUUUGUAUCAAUAGUAAUGCAUCAGGUGGUGCAUUGAAAGGUAUUGGAGAAAGUGACAAAAUAAAACCAACAGCAGUAUACCUAGCUAAUGGAUUUGAUGAUAUAAGCAAGAAUACAUUAAGAAACACUGAAGUAAGUUGUGCAGGCCAGGCUUCAAGAAGUGAACAUCAAAGCUCUUUUGAGUUCAGAUCAGGCCAUACAGCUGAAAAGCCAGAAAGAACACUUCCAUCUAAUGAUGUUCAUGACUAUACAGAAACACCAAAAGCCAGUAACUUGCAACCAAGAGUUGAUGUCACUUCAGCUUCCCCAGAAAGAAAAGACAAAGAUGUGACAGGAACACUUAAAGGAAAAGUUGCUGCUUGUUCCAAACAGAAGCCCAGCUUCCAGGUUUUGUCUUUAAAAGAAAAAAUUAAUGGAAAGUCCAAGAAUAAAGUUUCAGAUCCUUCACAGUUCCAGAGUCUGAGAAACUUCUGGGAUACUGGAGUUAAAUUACACAGUAGCAUUGAUAGGGAAGAUGUUUCUUUGCCAAAUAAUACUAGUUCAAUAACCUAUGAAAGAAAAUCAAAGAAAGAUAAAGGCAGAGAUAGUGUGAGCAAGCAAGAGUUAAUUCUGCAACAAAUCCAAAUAUCUGAAAGAGAAAAAACACAGAAAAUAGACUCUGUGGAGUAUGAAUUGCCUCUACAAUCUCCUACUCUGGAAAGUCUGAAUGUGGGACACACAAAAAAUACAGAUUCUGUCCAGCUGGACAGGAAACCAGCUCUUUCAAAACCCCAGGAAAAGAUGAGUCUUCUAGAGCAAGAAGUUAAAGAAUAUCCAGAAAAAAGUAUAGUUUCUUCAAAGCAUGUUUCCUUGAAGUUGCUUCAAUCACCUGAUGAUCAAGAUGCUUUAAAGGAGACAGUCAUAGAUGAUUGGUUAUGUUUACCUAUAGAAAAAGUGGAGAACAAGACUAUGUUAGAUGUCAGUUUCUCUAAAGGGGGAGCUGCAGAGACUGUGGAUAAGGUUGUUCUACCUAAAGGUUCAGAAGAAGAAUUAAACCCUGUUUUGAUGGCUUUGAAAAGGAGUGCAGAUAGGAAAAUACCUUCCAAAAGUCUAGAGGACAUUCCAUCAGCCACCUCAAAUAAAGGAAAAAUAAGUAAGCCAAAGGAAGAAUUAGCUCUUAGUGCUGAAGAUGGUCUGAAACCUGAUCAGCAUGAAGAGAGGAAUGAAAAUGCAGCAGGAAUUUCCACAGUGCCUUCAAAGCCUGAUAAGCCGUUCUCCAAUCCUGAAAAGCUCAAAGGAAUGAGCAAGUCAGUACCAUCAUUCCUACAGGAAAAGAGUGAUGACAGAGAGACAGACACAGCAUCAGAAAGCAGUUAUUCCCUUGGCAGAAUCAAGAAGAGUCCCAGCUCUCUAACCAAUCUUAGCAGCUCUUCUGGCAUGGCCUCCUUAUCCUCUGUGAGCGGAAGUCUAAUGAGCAUCUGUAGUGCAGACUUUGGCAAUGUUGAUGUGAAAGGGAACAUUCAGUUUGCUAUUGAUUAUGUAGAACAGCUGAACGAGCUCCACAUUUUUAUUUGCCAAUGUAAAGACUUGGCAGUGGCAGAUGUUAAACGACAACGUUCAGACCCGUAUGUGAAGUCCUACCUGCUUCCAGAGAAAUACAAGAUGGGCAAACGGAAGACCUCUGUGAAAAAGAAAACUUUUAAUCCGGUCUAUAAUGAAAUACUGCGGUAUAAAAUUGAGAAGGAUGUCUUAAAGACCCAAAGUCUUAAUAUCUCUGUCUGGCACAAUGAUACCUUUGGGAGGAAUAGCUUCCUUGGUGAAGUGGAGCUGGAUUUAGGAACCUGGGACUGGAAUGAUAGAUCCAACAAGCAGAUCAACUGGUAUCCACUCAAGCCAAGGACUUCAACAAUGACUCUUGACCUAGAAAACAGAGGGCAGAUGAAACUAGCUCUGCAGUAUGUCCCAUACCCUGUUGGAGGAAAGAAGACACAGUCCACUGGUGAGGUCCACAUCUGGGUGAAGGAAUGCCAUGACCUUCCUCUUCUAAGGGGCAACAGGAUCAACUCUUUUAUUAAGUGUACCAUUCUUCCAGAUACUAGCAGAAAAAGUCGCCAGAAAACAAGAACAGUAUCAAAAACUACAAACCCAGUAUUCAAUCACACCAUGGUCUAUGAUGGCUUUAGACCAGAAGAUUUAAAAGAAGCUUGCAUAGAACUCACAGUCUGGGAUCACAACAAACUAGCCAACCACUUUCUGGGAGGUCUCAGGAUAGGCCUUGGAACAGGCAAAAGUUAUGGAACUACAGUAGACUGGAUGGAUUCUACUUCAGAUGAAACUGCCCUUUGGGAGAAGAUGAUCAAGUCACCAAACACAUGGAUAGAAGAUACACUACCUCUCAGGAUGCUGCUGGUUGCAAAAUUGACAAAAUGAGGUGGCUUUUGAAUGGCUAGUGUUUAAAAUAACCUUUUAAACCUUGGGAAUGAAAUUUAAAGGUGCAGGGGUAAAACUUGAA